AUUAAUUGUCAUUGUCACUGUCAAAAAAGGCUUUGAAAUUGGCGAGGGAUUUAUCGAUUAAUUCAAGAAAUUUUACGUUUCCUGCAUUAUUUACUAAAAAUAAAUAUAUUUAGUUUAAUAUAAUGGGCAAAAAAGGUGUCGUUGCGUUUGUGAAAGACUUCUAUUACGAUCCUUUUAAAUGGUCAGUGGUUAAAAGCAUCGGGUUCUUCUCAGUUGGUGUCAUCAUUGCUAGCGAGUGCACAGGGCUUGAACUAAUGCCCGCUGUUCCACAGUAAAACAAUAUAAACAACUUAUUUUUAUAAGCUUUAAAUAUGUUUAUUAACAAUAUGUUAAAUUCUUUAUUGUUACUCGUUAUAUGUGGAACUGUGUGUGAGGGCAAAAAGCCUAACUUCGUUGUGGUGUUAACCGACGACCAAGAUGUGGUUUUAGGUGGGAUGACUCCAAUGAAGAAUGUGCAAAGGUUCAUUGGUAAUGAAGGGGUUACAUUUACUAACUCGUACACGACUUCCCCAAUCUGCUGCCCGAGCCGAGCCAGCUUCCUCACGGGGUUGUACGUCCACAACCACAACACGUAUAACAACAGCCUACACGGCGGGUGCUACUCGCCCUCCUGGCAGAACCACGAGAGACGCACCUUCGCCAACGUGUUGCAACAACACGGAUAUGACACCUUCUAUGCUGGGAAGUACUUGAAUGAGUACGGCACGGAGCGCGCGGGCGGGCCGGAGAGAGUGCCCCCGGGGUGGUCCGAGUGGCACGGGCUGGUCGGCAACUCUGUCUACUACAACUACACCAUCUCAAACAACGGCGUGCCGACGCAUUCCACCGAUCUUUACCUCACUGAUGUUAUUCGCGAUGUAGCAAUCAGCUACAUCGAGAACCAGACAGAGUCUCGUCCGUUCCUGAUGGUGCUGGCGCCCCCCGCGCCUCACCAGCCGUUCACCCCCGCGCCGCGGCACCAAGGAGUGUAUAAAAAUGUCACCGCGGUGAGACAUCCCAACUUCAACAUUGCUGUCGACGACAAGCACUGGCUGCUGACAAUGCCGCCGUCACCUCUACCUAAGUCCAUGAUGCCAGAACUCGACCGCGUGUACCGCUCGCGGUGGGAAGCCCUGCUGGCCGUCGAUGAGAUGGUGGCUGAUGUGAUAGAAGCUCUAGACUCGCAGUCGCUGCUUGAAGACACCUACCUGAUCUAUACUUCGGAUAAUGGAUAUCACGUUGGUCAAUUCUCCCAAGUGUACGACAAACGUCAGCCGUACGAGACUGACAUAAAAGUUCCUCUUGUCAUCCGAGGACCUAACGUGGAGAAGAACGUCCAUAGCGACCAGCCCGUGCUCAACAUAGACCUAGCCCCGACGAUACUCCACUUGGCCGGCGUAGAUCCUCCCAAGACCAUGGAUGGGCAUCCCAUAGACUUGGGAAAUAAGGAUGUAGGGGAUAGAGCUAUGCUGGUAGAGUAUUACGGCGAGGGCAGGGACGGUACGGUGGAUCCGAAAUGCCCAUGGAGUUAUGACAGCGAUAAUCUGGCUCAAUGCCAUCCACUCUACGAGUGCAAGUGUCAAGACGCCCGCAACAACACGUACGGCUGCGUGCGCCACCUCGCGCAGCGUGUUAACACCAAGUUCUGUUACUUCACCGACGACGAGUCAUUCACAGAAAUAUACGACUUGGCGGCAGAUCCUUAUGAGUUGAGGAAUAUCAAGGACCAGAUGUUGCCCGCAAUACGGCACUGGUACCAACUCACCCUGGUUCGCUUGUUAGAGUGCAAGGGCGUAACCGAGUGCGACAUCACCUUCGACCAACAAGCGUUCUAGACUGUAAAAUUUACAUUAUCUGUAGAGGGGAUUCGCUUGAUAAUGUUAAUAAAUUAUGCUUGUAUUUCUUUACUCUUUGAAAUUAUUUUGCGUCUGUGGAAACGCUUUUUUUUAAUGUCUUGUCAUCGUCUAGCAUUCAGCCUUGUUUUGUUUGUCUAGAAAACCCCAAAACUCAGAUUAUCCACGAAAAAUGUAUUUAGGUAAUUAAGUGACAUGUAGUGUGAAUAGUAUAAAAUUAUUUAUGAUUUAGAAUUUUGUCACUAACGCACAACACAUUUUAUUUUUUAUAAUAUCGUAAUAGUUAAAUGGUCACACAUCUAAAGCUUCUGAACACACUUCUGAAGCUUAAAUUUUUUCGCCGAUUCGUACUUAAUACCAAUUAAAAAAUCUAUCUUCUCAAGAACCUUAUCCUUCUCAAGAACUACUAUUAGAAUAACGUAGCACCCUUAGUUAACACGCUAUUCACGCACUAUAUUAACUUAUUUUUGUGAGCAGGUCUCGAAAUAAAUAUUUUAUUUUA